CGCCCUUCCAAGACACCGAUUGCAUUACGAGUGGGAAACAUGGGGAUUUCUCAUGAAUGUCGUCCGAUUUUCCGACCAUAUUUUAUGGAGCCGAGCAACGAGCUCAAUCUGCAGGCGUUCCUGACCAACCUCGAAUCUCCAUGUGUUGGGCAUACUGGUGCUGCCGUGGAGCACGCGAUCCACCGCUGUGCUUUCCAACGCACAAUUCCACCUUCCAGAGGGGUUCCAGGCGAAUGUCGUGGCGGCUGUGGCCUGGGCCUCUGCAGUUGGCCCCAUUUUGGCGCCUGGACAAGCUUCCGGCUGGAGCGCCUGGCGGCCUGGUGGAGCUCGCCCAGACAGCAUUCUUGGUGGCGGGAGGCGGGAGGGGCCGGGCCAGCUGGUUUGUCUGCAAUGGUACUGCAGAGCACACAUUCAUUCAACACCACCAGACAAAAAAGUCGGCGAAGCCCAACAAUGCACUCGGGAAUCUCGGUGUGCAAGAUGCAGGAGAGAGGUUUGACCUGACCGCCGAGUAUCGAUGUCACUCGGAUGUCUUUGACCUUUCUUUCAUGGCCGCUGUUGCGUCGCGAAGGUCGUCGAGCAGAUAG